AUGAGUGUCGAAAACCUUCGUAGGCAGCGAGGACAGCUGAAGGCAAAAUUGACCACCACAAAAAACUUUGUUAACAAGGUUACCAAGGAAUUGGGAGUCACUACUUUGGAGGAAGUAACAGCACGCUUGCAAGGUUUAGAGGACACCUAUCAGAAAUUCGAAGCAGUGAUGCAGCAGCUAAUACCUCUGGUUCCAGAAGAGGAGUAUGAACGGAGGGAUGCGACAGAGUAUACGGAAUUCGAAGAGCGAUACUACGAAGUGAAGGCAUCAUUAUUACAGCUCAUCGAAAGAUUAAGGCCGACAUCUUCGAGCUCGAGCACAAGCGUCGGAGGUUCGAACGGCGAUCAGCUGACGCAAAUUUUGGAGCAACAAACCAUAAUCAUGCGAAAACUAUCCGAACGAUCAGAAUCAGCAAAUAGUGACGUAUUGACAACGAUGGUCGAACAGCAGGGUCGACUGUUAGCAGGUUUAAACGCGAAUACGGGCACGUUGCCGGCACGUGAAUCUCAAGUCAAAUUGCCUAUCAUCAAACUACCAACCUUUAACGGAACCAUGGAGGACUGGAGAAGAUACUUCGAUACUUUCAAGACACUUAUACACAAUAGUGAGCUAUCCAACAUACAGAAACAUCAGUAUUUGGUUGGUUCUCUGAGCGGUCCAGCAGCUAAGAUUAUCGAAUCAAUCGAAAUCUCCGGAGACAACUAUGAAGUCGCCUGGAAAUUGCUCGUGGAGAGAUACAAUGACGAGAAGAGCAUUCGCAAACGCCAUAUACAAUAUCUGUUCGCACUACUGCAAGUACAAAGGGAAUCUGCCAGUGCAAUCCAGGAUUUGGUAGAUCACGUGCAAGGACACUUAAGAAUGCUUCAAGCAUUGAAACGUCCCACAACAGAGUGGGGUGACUUGAUCAUUCACAUGAUCGAGGACAAAUUGGACAGCGUGACCAGAAGACGCUGGGAGGAACACAUCGAGCCUAUGGACGAUAUAACGACGGAUACGAUAAUCGAAUUCCUGCAACGUCAAGGUCAGCUGCUACGACGAUCGUCUUCGAACAAGGAGAUCAACAAGGCGAUCAGCAACGGUCAUCGAAAGGACGAGAGAAGCGGGUUACGAAAUCCGCCGAAGCCUAAGUCACAAACCAAGGCUUCGCUGGCGACGACGGUUCAAGAGGGGAGCUGUUGUUGUUUGUGUCAAGGCGCUCACAACAUUUAUUCGUGCAAACGAUUUCUGGAUCUAUCGGUUACGGACAGAGUCAAACAGGUCAAACGUUUGAGAUUGUGCCUCAACUGCCUUCGUGGUAAUCAUUACGCGAAGGAUUGCAAGGCAGGUUCGUGUCGCGAGUGCGGUGCUCGACACAAUACACUGUGUCAUGAAACGGCAAGCGCGAUCACCGGUUCGGCGGAGCGGCCGACGAAGGUCUCCAGUCAAUCAUCCGAUGGUGCGUCGGUGUGUGCCGCGACGGGCUCUUUGUUGCGAUCGUCGGAUGAAUUACUUAAUCAUCGAGUUCUGCAUCAGGGCGAACGUAGGCAUGUAUUGAUGUCAACCGCAAUUGUAAAUGAGCGCAAGAGUAGCGGCGGUGAUUGUCAAAUACGUGUUCUAUUGGAUUCCGCAAGCGAAGUUAAUUUUAUUACCUCAGCAGCAUGCAAACGAUUAAAUUUGAAAUUAGACAACAUAUAUGAGUCAAUAAGCGGAUUAGACGGCAUGGGCUGCGCUGCUAAGCAAGGUAGUCAAAUUCAAUUUAAAUCACGUGUAUCAAAUUUUAAGAUAGAUUUAUAUUGUCUUGUCGUUUUAAAGAUAACUAAAGACUUACCGUCAUUUUCUAUCAAUGUAUCGAGAUUGUCAAUCCCCGAAAAUUUAAAAUUAGCCGAUCCAUUCUAUUACUGCCCGGGACGUAUUGACGCACUUAUAGACGGUGCAUUCUUUUAUCAAUUAUUGCAAACCGGAAGAAUUGAAUUGGGCAACGAUGCAUUGAUAUUACAGAAUACCAAACUCGGCUGGAUCAUUGCGGGUCCAGUAGCUCGACAUUUAAUUGUUGAUCACACGACCAACCGUCAACUUUCUAGUGGCGUCACGUGUUUGCUUACUCAGCAGGAAUCUACCAACAAUCUACUGCAAAGAUUUUGGGAAUUAGACGAAUACAAAGAAAAUGAUGCAAGGCUCUCAGUAGAAGAAGAGAGCUGCGAGAAUCAUUUUGUAAAAACGACAGUUCGCGAUGCGUCGGGACGGUUUGUCGUCGGAUUACCAUUUCGUAACAAUAAUCACCAGUUAGGUGACUCAAGAGAGAUAGCGAUAAAACGACUUAAAUGUUUAGAACGAAAAUUCAGCAACAAUCCAAAAUUUCAUGCGCUAUAUACCGAAUUCAUGAACGAAUAUCUAAAAUUGAAUCACAUGUCAAGGAUAACCGAAGGUGCGACCAUAUCAAAUCCGAUUUACCUGCCGCAUCACGGAGUUUAUCGAGAAUCCAGCACAACGACGAAGUUACGCGUGGUAUUUGAUGCGUCAGCAAAGACCACUUCCGGUAUCUCACUAAAUGACACGUUAAUGGUAGGAGCUAACAUGCAAGACAAUAUCAUAUAUAUUAUUUUACGAUUCAGACUUCACGCCAUUGCGAUUGUAACAGAUUUGCAAAAAAUGUAUAGACAAAUUUUAGUUCGACAACAGGAUCGCGAUUAUCAGCGGAUCGUGUGGCGAUUCUCCGUCGAUGAUCCAAUCGAGGAGUUUCAAUUAAACACAGUAACUUACGGUCAGGCUUGUGCGGCGUUUUUAGCUGUUCGAUGCGUUCGGCGGUUGGCAGGCAGUGGCGCGCGCAAGUUUAGUCGGGCAUCGCGAGUCUUGUUAGAUGAUCUAUAUGUCGAUGACGUAGUGACCGGUGUUGAAACCGAAGCCGAAGCUAUUGAAUUAGUAUCACAAUUAAAAAUGUUAUUGCGUAGUGGCGGCUUUGAGGCCCACAAGUGGCAUUCAAAUCAUCCGAAUAUUUUACCAGUGAAACCGGCUGCCGAUCGAAUCGAUGGGUCUUCGAUGGUACCUAUCGAAGCAACUGCGAUAAAAAUACUAGGAUUAAGUUGGCACCCUCAGCAAGACAUGCUUCAGUUUUCGAUCGAACCAAUAGUUGAUUCCGUGGCGACUAAGCGAAAGGUUUUGUCAAUUAUAGCAAAAUUAUUUGAUCCGUUGGGAUUAAUCAGUCCUAUUCACAUACGCGCAAAAUUAAUCAUACAAGAAACAUGGUCAGCAGGCUUAGAAUGGGACGAGCCAUUGACCGAUGGUUUAUUACAAGCAUGGAAUUCAUACAUCGACGAUCUUCGUGAGAUUCAUGCCAUUCGGAUUCCGCGAUCAGUUCGGAGCGCCGAUAAGACUAAUCUCAGAUUACACGCUUUUUGCGAUGCUUCUAUAAGAGCGUACGGCGCUUGUAUAUAUAUACAGGCUGUCAAUGAGGACGGUAAUUCUAGUUCAUCAUUGCUUUGCUCGAAAUCGCGCGUCGCACCUAUAAAAAACAAGACAGUUACGUUGCCAAAAUUAGAGCUUUGCGGAGCCGUAGUUCUCGUUCGACUAUUUCAGAGCGUCACGAGAGCUCUUAAAAUUGAAUUCAGCGAAGUGCACGCGUGGAGUGACUCCACGAUCGCAUUAGCGUAG